AUGUUUAGCAAAUUAGUGCUCUUAGGUUGGGCGGCGGCUUGCGUCUUUGCGGCACCGCCGGUGGAUGUUGUUCCUCUCGAAAAACAACAGCCCACGGUUAUUCCUAUUGUUUCACAAUCCGAUGAAGUGGACGCCAAUGGAACAUACAAAUUCAGCUAUGAAACCGGAAACGGCAUUAAACGCGAAGAAACUGCCUACGAGAAAGUUCUACCGAAACUAGAAGGGCGGUCCGCGAGCAGUAACGAGGGAGGCGAGAGCGACGAAAGCGAUGAGAUUCACGUCCAAAGAGGCUCCUACUCAUACACUGCCCCUGAUGGAACUGUCAUCAGUGUAAGUUAUAUAGCUGAUGAAAACGGCUUUCAACCAAUUGGUGAUCACAUACCAAGAGUACCAGGAAUUCCUUCAGUUUCAUCCCAUUCAGCAGAAAAGUCUGGUCGCGCACUGAAGAGCGAUAGUGAAGAAUCUGCUUCCGUACCAAAAAUAUCAAAGGUACAAGCUACAUCUGUACUUGUUUCCGAAUCAGCAUUAUCAGAAAGCAAGUCAGUUGUUUCAAUGCCAAGCCCUAAUGAACCAAAACCCGAGGCACAAGCAAAUACUGAAUCCGCACCUUCCAGUACUUCUUCUAUCACAGAGACUAAGGCAGCACCUGAACCAACUCAAUUGAGUGAUGCUUCUGUCGCUACCACUACAGGUGACGUAAUAUCUACACCUGCUUCAGAAAACGCUGAGGUAUCUUCAGUAACGUCUACUGAAACAGUAAAUUCGACACCCAGUGAGGAAUCUUCUACAAUAUCUGCAUCUUCACCGAUAACUGAAGCAGCGAAACAAGAAAGUGAUUUUAGUACUACUUCUGUACCACAGAAAGAUACGGAAUCGCCAGUGUCCACCUCAUUACCUGAACAGGAUUCUACAACCGCUGCUGUUGUUGAUGAACAACCAAGUUCAACUGUCGGUUCAGAAGCAGAAUCUACUUCAACUAUUGCCUCAAAUACUGAUCAACCAGCAUCAACAGAAUCAAAUGAACAAAACGUUACAACUGAAGGUCUUCAACAAUCGACCGAAAAUGAUCAAUCAACCACUGGCCCCACUACACUGAUAGCUGAAGAAAUUAGCUCAACGACUCUUUCUGCAUAA